UCAAUUUAGAAAUAUUUCUCUAAAUCCUGAAGACUCUGUAUGAUACUAACUUUGAUCUAAUGAUCCCAGUUCUAGGAAAGUGGCCUGAGUAGCUAGGGGUGCACUGGCCAUGCUUGAUGAGGAUGCUCAUUACUACAUCAUGCUAGUGAGGAACUGGAAACGACACAGUUGUCAGCGUUGGGAAACACCAAACAAAUACCAGGUCUAGCGACAGAAAAUGAUAGGCUGAAAUUGCCUUAGUGGUCAAGUCUCUGGUUAUUUGGACCUGAAAUACUAGUGAUUUUAUAUUCUCUUUUCUAGUUUUUGCAAUGUGUAUAUUACAUAAUCAGAAAUAACUUAUAAGCAUAGAGUUCUGCCCCAAUAAUGGUGGUUAUGUGUGUCUCUGUGAUGCCCCUAUUCUAGGGUGAUCUGCAGACUUUGGCAUGAGUGGCAUCCUUGGGAACAGUCCUUCCUCUGCACACUUGAACAGGGACUCUCAGGAGCUUGCUUUGGGGUCUCAUAGAAUGGACAGCCAGCGUGGCAGGGUGGGAAACAGAAUUAGCCACAUGUGAGAGGACACUGCUGCUCUUGUUGACAGCACUCCCGUCAUUGUCCUUGUAGCGCUGAAGUAAUGGCUGUCACACCCGCAGCCCUCAGUAAUGAGAUGUCCCUGCAGAUGAGGACAGUGGCCAAGGAACAACUGACUGAGAAGAACAGUGACUUUCUCCAAAACGUCAGUGUGACUGAAGGUGUGAAGGAAAUAGUCAAAAUGGAGCACACCUCGGACAGACCAGAGGAAAAAGACAAAUUUUCGAGAAACCUACAGACUGAUUUCCUUCACAAGAUGGACACUAAAAUAUGGGAUACGUUGGAGCAGGAAUCUAAGCACAGCCAGGACCCACCAAGCAAUCCGGAUGAGCAAGAAGUAACUCUUGUUUGUGAAGACCCUCAAGUAUCACUGUCACAGUUUUCAGAGAAGAGCACCCCUGCACCGACCCCAGAGAGCUCAAUCCUCAAGCUGAGCUCCUGGAAUGCAAAGAUGGGUCUACAAAUGAAAGAACUUGGAGCUGACCACGUUGACUGGUUGGAGAAGAUCAACGGCAUUAUACAAAAGAUAAACAAUACAGAAAGCACAGUGAAGAGCCUGUUAACUGAGGUGAUAUCCCUGGAAAACCAGUCUGAACAUUUGGAGGACCCUGAUCAGGAAACAAACAUUGAGGAGAAGAUCAUAGGAAUUAGAAAGCAAUUAAAAGAAAUGAACAUCAAAUUGGCCCAGGUCGACGCUUGCAAUGAAGUCCGUGAAUUAAAGGAGAAGCUCAUUGAACGGAUAGAGAGCUUUUAUAAGGAAAUGAACGUACUGAACACUAAGCUGGAGAUGUACCACACGCAAGGAAGGGAGACAGACUCCCACAGCUCUGAAGACUCAGAUGCGGAGCAAACAGAGCCCCUGCUUCCCGAGGCUUCGCCAACCCCUUCAGGGUCACACACUCCUCCCUACUUACUCCCCGUGUGGAAGCACGCACUGAAGCUCUUCCUCAUGGUCUAUGUGAUCACCAUCACUGGCCUGUCGUGUUACACACUCUUUGUGGACGCCACGUUUUUCUUCGAAAGGGUGCUGCCCAGCGUGCUGGGGCGCCGCACCAUGUGGGAGCUUCGGGAGAUGAUGGCGCCUUUCCUGAAUUUGGAAGCGGAAGAUUUGCUACCAUCCUAA